AUGUCGUCGUCUCGGUUAUCCCAUCUGCGAACAGCGCACCUUCGCUCUUAUGCAACCGCAGCAUCGCGGGCUCCUCUGAGCGGCCUCAGCGCUGCUGCUCGUCCAAAGGCCGAACAGAUCUCGAAGGAGUGGAAGGGAACAAGUGCCGCCGGCCACAACACGAAGAAUUUCAUCGGAGGAGAGUUUGUCGAAAGUAAGGCUACAAAGUGGAUUGACGUCCUAGAUCCGUCAACCCAAACAUUACUCACCCGUGUUCCCGAGACAACACAUGCCGAAUUCGAGCAAGCAGUCGAUGCCGCCUCUCGUGCAUUUAAGACGUGGAGCAACACCAGUGUGCUCACUCGUCAGAGAUUCGUGCUGGAAUUGCAGCGUCUUAUUCGUGAAAAUGCGGACGCUCUUGCCUCCAGCAUCGUUCUCGAGCAGGGGAAAACGUUGCCAGAUGCUCAUGGCGACAUACUUCGAGGUCUUCAGGUAGUAGAGCAUGCUACUAGCGCACCUUCGUUGCUCCUCGGUGAGAAGAUUGAAGUCAGUAAAGACAUGGACACUGAAGUGCGCAAAGUCCCAUUGGGCGUUACUGCAUCCAUAGCUCCAUUUAACUUCCCUGCGAUGAUCCCGUUAUGGUCCAUCCCCAUGGCCACAGUGACAGGCAACACGCUUAUUUUGAAGCCCUCGGAGCGCGAUCCCGGAGCUGCCAUGAUCAUCGCGGAACUCUGCGAGCGUGCAGGCCUCCCUCCCGGCGUCGUGAAUGUCGUUCACGGCACUGUGCCGACCGUGAACGCCAUCUGUGACCAUCCUGCCAUUCGCGCUAUCAGUUUUGUGGGCGGUGACCGCGCGGGGAAGCACAUUUACGAUCGGGGCACGCAGAAUGGGAAACGCGUGCAAGCUAACAUGGGUGCAAAGAAUCACGCCGUCAUCAUGCCUGAUGCUAACAAGAACCAUGCAUUGAAUGCUAUUGUCGGUGCUGCUUUCGGAGCUGCCGGUCAACGAUGCAUGGCCAUCUCUGUUGCCGUUCUUGUCGGUGACGCCCAGACAUGGCUACCGGAUCUAUCGCAACUUGCUCAGAAACUAAAGGUUAACGGCGGUUUCGAGAAAGAAGCUGAUCUUGGACCUGUGAUCUCACCUGCCGCAAAACAGAGGAUCCUUGGGUUGAUCGGCUCCGCAGAGGAAGAAGGCGGCAAUAUCUAUCUUGACGGCCGCGACAUCAAAGUACAUGGCUAUGAGCAUGGCAACUUCAUAGGCCCAACGAUCAUCGAGGCAGGCGUUGGAAUGAGGUGCUACAACGAAGAGAUCUUUGGCCCAGUUCUGGUAGUUCUCAAGGCGAACACCCUUGACGAGGCCGUCGAGCUGAUCAAUGCCAACCGCUACGGGAACGGCACAGCUAUCUUCACGCAGUCAGGCGCGACUGCUCGGAAGUUUGAGCACGACGUCAACGUCGGACAAAUCGGCAUCAACGUUCCAAUACCCGUGCCGCUCCCUAUGUUCUCUUGGAGCGGGAACAAGGGUAGCGUCUUGGGUGACCUCGGUUUCUACGGAAAGAGUGCCUUCGAGUUUUAUACUCAGAAGAAGACCACGACCAGCCUCUGGAAGUCGGAAGACGCUAUCGCAACGAAAGCAUCUGUGAACAUGCCAACGCAUCACUGA